AUGAGGUCAAAGGGUCAAAGCUUGGCGUUGCUUCCCUUCCUGCUUCUCGGAAUGACUUGCAAUACUUCCCAUGUAAAAGUCAAUAAGGCUUUAAAAGUGAGACGGGGUCAGUCGGCCUACCUUCAGGAAGGGGACCUGCAGUUCCUGAUCCCGCUUCAAAAGGAUUCAUGCAAAGUGGAAGUGGUGUUAAAUGAGCCCAUAACCCAACGAGUGGGAAAAGUCUUGCCUCAGGUUUUUAACUGCCAUUAUCAGGAGAAUGAGGUCAGGUAUCUCCAUCAUGGUUCUCCACUGUUAACGGAGGACACAGUCAAGCUUCGACUGUAUUGGUUCACCGAGACUGACACAUACAUUGAGGUUUUUUCUCUCCAUGUUGACAUCGUGGAACCCGACUGCAGUAGAAUCAAGCUUGGACCUACAUUUUUGCAAGUUCCAGUAUAUGGCAUCUCUGUUAAUAUUGAUGGCAAUGUGGUGUCCUUCCACUAUGAAAGGCGGUCCAGUUUAGAGUGUAGCAUCCAUCUCAGUACCCAUGACACGCACCUACCAGCUCAUGGGCAACUGGUUACUGGAAACCCAGAAGAAGCUGCCAAGAGAGGGGAUGUGCCACUGAGCUACAUUGAGGAACAUCCAGCUAGAUGUAAUUCUGAUGUCUGCCUGAAGGGUGUGAAGCCCGUCAGGUUCAUCAAAGUUCCCUGCGACGAAUUCUUGGUGAUGGGGCUGAAAUACCAGCACAUGACUCCUCCAUCUCCUGACGUUGACUACAUUGCAAUCAGACUUGACCUCAAAGACACGAGGAGUGGCAACAUAUAUCAGUCUGAACAGAUCUGGAUUCCAGUGCAGAUUACAGGCGCGCUGGUGAACAAGGCGCCAGCGGUAUCGUUCAUGCCGACGUUCAUCCUGGAGGUGGACCAAUUCAUCCUCACCCUACUGUCCACCACCACAUUAGACGGUGAGGAUGAGGAAACACCGCAAGAGAGGCUGAUCUUUAACAUCACCAAAGCGCCUUCUGACGGCUUCAUCACUCACCUGUCCGACCAAACGCGCCCAAUUUAUUCCUUCACAUGGUUGGAUUUAAAUGGCAUGCUCAUUGCAUAUCAGCCCCCUAACGCCUCUCAUACCCAGCGCAGGCACUUUAAGAUGGAAAUUGAAGUUCAUGAUUUUUUCUUUGCGAAGAGCCCACCAAUGACUGUGCACAUGUCUGUCCGGAAUGCCGACACCAAUGCGCCCAGAGUUUCCUGGAACAUGGGUCUCAGCCUAUUGGAAGGUCAAUCACGUCCGAUAACAUGGGAACAGCUCCAGAUUGUGGAUAAUAACAACGUAGAGGCUGUCCGUAUCAUCACCGUGGGCGGCCUUCUGCAUGGAAGACUGACUUUAAGAGGUGGAAAGGGCUUCAUGUUUACCAUCAGCGACAUUAAAGCCGGGACUGUUUGCUAUCAUCACGACGACAGCGACUCCACCAGUGACUUCAUCGUCUUCCGCAUCACUGAUGGUCACCACCAGACCCGGCACAAGUUCCCCAUAAAGAUCCUGCCUAAAGAUGACAGCCCUCCAUUCCUCAUUGCCAACAAGUUGCUGGAGGUGUCACAGGGUCAGACAACGCUGUUGAAAGGCACCGCCCUUCAGGCUUCCGAUAUCGACUCCAGCAGCGACUACAUCCUCUUUAACAUCACCAGACCCCCACAGGCGGGAGAAAUCAUGAAGUUUCCAGGACCAGGGCUAACAGGUUACCCAGUUCGCAAAUUUUUGCAGAGGGACCUCUCUCAGUCCAUGGUUUAUUAUCGACACACAGGGAAUGAGGUGUUUGGUGACUCCUUUGAGUUUGUGCUGUCAGAUUUCCAGGAUCCCCCGAACUUGUCAGAGCCUCAGGUAGUCAUGUUGUACAUUGAGCCGGUACCACACAAACCACCAAGGGAGGUUCCUAGCGCCAGACGGUGCCUUGUGGUCAAAGAGACAGACGUGGUCCAUAUAACACAGCAACACCUUCAGUUUGUAGACAAGGACUCGCCAGACAGUGAUCUGACAUACACGGUUACAACUCCACCUUUCUUCAGUGAUCGUCACAGCAGCGAGGAUGCAGGGAGGUUAUUCCUGGUGGACAGCAUACCCAAAUUCACCAAAGACACCAAUGCGCCAGUGUUGAGGCUCUUCACACAGCAUGCCAUCAACUUCAUGAAAGUAGCCUACAUGCCUCCAACUAUGGAUAUUGGUCCUUUUCCUCGGUAUAUCCAGUUUGUUCUCUCAGUAACCAAUCAACAUGGCAAAACACUUGAUGGGAUCUGCUUUAACGUUACUGUGGUACCAGUGGACAACCAACCGCCACAGGUCAUCGCGAACCCUGUAAUGGUAGACGAGGGUGGAGAGUGCUGGCUUGGCCCAGAACACCUGCUGCUGUCAGAUGCGGACUCUGUCGAAGAAGCCUUGCAUUUGGAGCUUCUGCGAGAACCACAGCACGGAGCGCUGCAGCUUAACAACUUUCCACUGAAACCUGGACAAACUUUUACUUUGCAUGACCUGACAAGUCAUAUCGUUGGGUACAGUCACGACAAUUCCGAAACUGUGAAGGACAACAUUGAACUAGCUGUAACAGAUGGUGUCAAUAAAAUCAGUUUGAUUCUGCAAGUGAACGUAUCUCCUAUCAAUGAUGAAGUCCCGGUGCUGGUUGCCGGCCUGAAACCGGUGCUCACGUGUGCCGAGGGGCAGACGAUCGUCAUUUCAUCGGAGUACAUCGAUGCUAUUGACGCAGACACUGACAACGACAGCCUCGCCUUCCUGAUUGCACGACAGCCCCGCCACGGGUUGGUGCUGAGAAACGGCGUGGUCGUCGAUAACUUCAUUCAAGCGGACAUCAGCGCAGGCAUUAUCAGCUACGAGCACACGGGGCAGGAGAUUGGUCUCACUCCGCAUCAUGACACUAUCACCUUUGUGAUUUCUGAUGGAGAAACAGAAAAAUAUGCAUUAUGCUGCAGUGGAAGAAAGAUGAAUAUCGGAAGCAGAGAAGCAUCUCUCCCUGUGUAUGACCUCCACAUCACCAUUUUCCCGGUCAACAGCCAGCCACCCUCACUUAAAACAGGAGACAUAUUUGUGGUAGAUGAAGGUGGGAGGGCCCAGAUAAAAGCAAGUCACCUGAAGGUGUCUGAUGUGGACACAGUUGUGGAUGAACUGGUGGUCAGUUUGGUUACUCUGCCUCAGUUUGGGUACCUUGAAAAUGUCCUGCCGAGACCUGGCUUUGAGAAAAGCAACAUGGGUGUGAGCAUAGACUACUGUUCUUACAGAGACAUCGUUGCGGGUCAAAUCAACUAUGUGCAGUCCAGGCACCAAAAGCUGGAGCCAACGGCCGACCAGUUAAUCCUCUGCGUUUCAGACGGCAAAUUCAGCUCUGCCCGCGUAACGUUCAACGUUGCAGUCAACCCAACGAACGACGAGAUCCCGGAGUUUGUGGCUCAAAAUAUUACGGUACAAGAAGGACAAAUGAAGCAUCUGGACCUGUCUGUGUUAAAUGCAACAGAUCUUGAUCUACCCAAGAAUAUCCUGCUCUUCCAUGUUGUUAAACCACCUCGGCAUGGCAAUAUCAUUCGCCACCACAUCGACACACGUCUGGUUGCUAAUUUGGAAUCCACUGUGGUUGACUUCACAAUGGCAGAGCUAACAAAUGGUAAAGCUGUGGCAUACACACACGACGACUCUGAACAUUUGGAGGACAGCUUUACUAUCGAAUUAACGGAUGGCAGACACAAAAUCCAAAAACAAGUGAUGGUUGAAGUAUUGGCAGUCAAUGACAACAAGCCUCAUUUAAUAAGAAACAAUAGACUGGACGUGGAGCCAGGAGAGACCAGGCUAAUAACCAGUGUAACCCUCUUCGCACAGGACCAUGACACUCCCUCUUCGCAGGUCAUGUACAUAUUUAAGAGUGUACCUGCACAAGGACUCCUCCAGCUUAAGCAUGUUCAGAACUGGCUGCCGCUGAAAGCUGGGGCAAACUGUACUCAGGAAAUGGUGGACAUGAAUCGUCUGCGCUAUGUGCACAGGGACUCCUUCGGUACUACAAGGCAGGACGUUUUCAUUUUCUACCUACAUGACGGACAGAAUCAGUCUCCCUUGCAGCAAUUCAACAUAUCUGUCAAACACGUGGAAAAAGGAACUAUUGCCGUCUUUGUCAGCCCUGUAAGUGUCAGCCGCGGUGGUCGCGUGGUUCUCACCACCGACCUGCUGUUUGCUACAGACCGCGCAGGCCGGCCUGAGGAGCUUGUGUUUGUCGUGACCAUGCCGGCAGCUCAUGGAUAUUUGGAGAAUAUCAAGCAACAUGGAGUAACAAUCUCCACCUUCAGCCAGAUGGAUGUCACGGCGAACCGUGUAGCUUAUGUGCAUGACAAGCAAGCUAGCACACCCACAGAAACAAUUCAGUUUGUUGUAAGUAACAACAAAACAAGCCGAAAAGGAGUACUGGAGGUGUCAGUAAAAAUAGUUGAUCACAUACCCCCGUCGUUGUCCAACAAAGGCCUUCUAAUUCCCCAAGGGUUCACCAUGACCCUGAGUCCAGACUGCCUCGCCAUGUCCGACCCUGACACUCCACUCAGUGCCCUGGUCUUUAAAGUCCUGCGACCUCCUCAUCACGGCAAGCUGCUUUUACACGGGACCAUGCUGACGGCCGGUUCCACUUUCACCCAGCAACACAUCGAGGAGUUAGAGGUCACAUAUAAGCAUAACGGAGAGCAGUCACAGAUCGAUCAAUUUGAGUUCACUGCCACCGAUAGCACCAAUCGUGGCGUCCUGGUGGAUGGGAAGUUACAUCCUGAACCGCUGUCUUUCAUCAUUCAGAUCAAGCUUUUGGAUACAUCAUAUCCCGAGGUUGUGAAGCUGCUCCCCUUUUGGAAGGCAGAGCUAUUGCCUGAUGGACGAUAUGGAAUCUUUUUGUCAUCUCAGGAGCUCAAAGCCAAAGACAAUGACAGCAAAGAAGAGGAGCUGAUAUUCUCCAUUGUUCGGCAGCCAUAUUUUGGUUACCUCGAAAAUAUUACGACAGGCGGUUUCGUACGACAGCGUAUCUCCCAAACGGAUCUGAACAGGAGAAUGACUGUCUACAUUAUCAAUCCAGAGAUGGACUCUCUGACAGACAGCUUGGAAUUCAGGGUGUCAGAUCCACACGGGAACACUGGACCUUCUUGCAUACUACAACUGAACUGGUCUCGUGUUGAGUUGUCCCAGGCCGAAUACUGUGUGAAUGAGGAGGAGAACAGAGUCUCAAUGGAGAUCAUCCGAAAAGGAAAUAUAGCAGAGUUUUCAUAUGUCACUGUCAAGGUGAAAGAGAUGACUGCAACUGCUGGAAAAGAUUUCCUCUCAAGCUCAUCUUCCCUUAUUCAAUUUGAUCCAGGAGUCUCUAGGAGGAUCUGGAACAUCGAAGUCAUUCAGGAUCAACUUGAAGAGGCAGAUGAAGAACUUGAAGUUCUCCUAGUUCUUCCAGAAGGCACAGUUAUUGGCAGCGUCAAAAAAGCUCAAGUUACCAUCAAGGACUCGGGAAGAGGGCAGUGCAAGCAAAACCACGGUCACGAAUCGUCUAUCCUCAGGGGUAAGACCAUUCAGUCUGAUAAAUACGCUCAGAAUUUAUCUGGAAGGCUCUGGAAACUGUCACUUGGUACGCAAUCAGCCAACCAUGAACAAGUAAGCUUCUCCAAAAAGAACAUCAGGGUUGAAGGCAAAUCCAAAUCUAAAGGAAGAAGGGCAAAGAUCCAUGUCGUUAGCAGGGAGGGUAAGCAGCGGGCAUUGGCAGAGCUCAUUAAUUCGAAGCAUGGCCCUCAAAGAACAUUCCCCAACCGUGGAAAAAGUGAACAUGCUACAACUGAUACCUUCGUACCUAAGCCAUGUUCUCCCGAAGUGAUGGGACUCUUGCAUUUCAACCAGACUGCCAAUCAGAUCUUUUAUUGCAACGGUGUCUCCUGGAGAUCCUGGACGCCAACAGACCAGAUGGUGAGAACUCCACAGUGUCCUCGGGGUUGGACCUUUCACAGCGGCCACUGCUACAUCCUCAUCAAGAAGCACAAAGUGUCGUGGAUUGGAGCGAAUCGAAGCUGUAAAGAGAGAUAUAAAGGCACCCUUGCAAGUGUUUUCUCGAAAGGUGACAUGGAUUGGCUGUGGAACUUUGGCAGGAGGCAACCGUUCUGGAUAGGCCUUAAUGAGAGAGACUCCCAAGGAUCCUGGGAGUGGGCAGACGGAGAGAGCGUCGUCUACACAAACUGGACUCGGGCACCCUCGCCCUCCAGCGUGAAAGGGGGCAAAAAGUGUGUCCUGGUGUGGAGGAGGGCAAAAUGGCAAAGAAGGGACUGCAAGAGCGGCCGAGCUCACAGCUAUAUAUGCUCCAUCAAGAUUUGA